AAAGCCCAACUAAAUUCUUAAUUGUUCAUUACGCUUUUGUGUGUUUUCCAUAUUCUUACUCUAUCCAAUCGAAACCCGAAUCCGGAUCCAAACCCAGAUCCGGACCCUUUAUCGUCGGCAUCAACAGGCGACGAAUUACCUCAAACGCAAAGCAAAAUCUACAGGCGGAGAAGUUGGAUUCCAAGGAACGUUUUUCUUGAAUCAAUUCUGCUCUACAACUAGUUUCUAAACUAACUAUGCCUCGUAAAGGAUUAUCCAAUUUCGAUGAUUAUGAUGAUGGUUUUGAUGAUGAGGACGAUGCUUAUGAUUAUGACUAUGAUAUAGAUAUUGAAGAACACGAAGAAGAAGAAGCUGCUGAACCAAAGGAAGAAAUUGCUAAGAAAGGGCUUUGGCGAUGUGCUAUCUGUACAUAUGACAAUGAUGAGUGUAUGUUUGUAUGUGAUAUCUGCGGUGUUCUUCGUCAUCCUGUGUCCGGAAAUCAAAGUAUCAAUAAGACUACAGUUGAGAGCAGAUGCAAAGAACCUGUGGUAUCCAAAUUGGCAAAGUCCCUUUUCGGAUCAGUCCCAUCUAAUACACCGAAAAGGGCUGUUCUUUAUCUGCCUGAACACAAGAAUCUUGUGAUGGAACAGGGACCUCUGCCUGGAAUUUCCCGUGGGAAUAUUCAUGAUCUCCACAAGGCCUUUAGUUCUAAAAAUUCCUGCGUUAGUAUAGCACCUUUCAAGUUUGAUGCUCCAUCGCCAGAUGAUUUAGUGUCCAAUGGACUAACAUCCUCAAAAAAUGGUCCAAAAGGUAUCCACACUUACUUGGUUUUCACUUUGAGUUUGAUGCUGUGUUCGUUUUUGCAUUGGGUUCUUAACUCUAAAGGCUCAGGUGAUGCUAGCAUGAGACAGAAGGAGAAGCAAGAUAGCGCAGAACAGAAACCUUUAAAGAAAGGAGGAGAUAGUUCCGAAACAAGCUCCCGAGGUAGACAUGAUAAACUUGAUAAUAGUGUUUCAAAGGGUGGUGCUGGUGGCAUAAAAUCGGGAAAAAGUUUGCCAAAAGCAAAAGCAGAUAUGUCUAAUGAGACAAGUUCUUCCUCCAAAUAUUUGGAGACGUCAGAGAGUCUUACCGGUACUAUGAACAAGAUGUCUUUAAUUGGGGAAGCAGAAAACUCCAGCGAUAUUAAAAUUAGAGGACCAAGAUCACAAUCUAAGCAUAAGCCAGAGGAGUGGAUGCUUCUUGAUAAAGAAUCAGAUGCACUUAGCCAGCUUAAUCUUGCCAUCGUGGGGCAUGUUGAUUCUGGUAAGUCAACACUUUCGGGUAGAUUAUUGCAUCUAUUGGGAAGAAUAUCGCAGAAGCAAAUGCACAAGUAUGAGAAAGAAGCAAAGUUGCAGGGCAAAGGGUCCUUUGCAUAUGCCUGGGCAUUGGAUGAGAGUGCUGAAGAAAGAGAACGAGGAAUAACAAUGACUGUGGCUGUUGCUUAUUUCAACUCCAAAAGACAUCAUGUUGUUUUGCUCGACUCUCCUGGACACAAAGAUUUUGUUCCAAACAUGAUUGCAGGAGCAACACAAGCAGAUGCUGCGAUUCUUGUCAUAGAUGCAUCUGUCGGUGCUUUUGAAGCUGGUUUUGAUAAUUUGAAAGGCCAGACAAGGGAGCAUGCACGGGUUCUGAGAGGUUUUGGCGUGGAGCAAGUCAUAGUUGCAGUCAACAAAAUGGAUAUUGUUGGCUAUUCGAAGGAAAGAUUUGAUUUGAUUAAGCAGCAUGUUGGAUCUUUUUUGCAAUCCUGUCGUUUUAAGGAUUCUUCUCUGACAUGGAUUCCUUUAAGUGCCAUGGAAAACCAAAACUUGGUGGUAGCUCCCUCUGACAACCGCCUAUCCUCAUGGUAUCAAGGUCCAUGUUUAUUGGAUGCCGUUGACUCUGUCAAGUCUCCUGAUAGAGACGUCUCAAAGCCUCUACUCAUGCCUAUAUGUGACGCUGUAAGAUCAACUUCGCAAGGGCAGGUAUCUGCAUGUGGCAAACUUGAAGCUGGAGCUGUUCGGCCAGGAUCUAAGAUAAUGGUUAUGCCAUCGGGAGAUCAAGGAACCGUGCGGUCUCUGGAGCGUGACUCUCAGGCUUGCACCAUUGCAAGAGCUGGAGAUAAUGUAGCGAUAGCUUUGCAAGGGAUCGAUGCAAAUCAAGUAAUGGCAGGAGAUGUAUUGUGUCAUCCUGAUUUCCCUGUAUCAGUAGCAACUCAUUUGGAAUUAAUGGUGCUCGUCUUGGAAGGCGCAACACCGAUCUUGCUUGGUUCUCAGUUGGAGUUUCAUGUGCAUCAUGCAAAGGAAGCUGCAACAGUUGUGAAACUUGUGGCAAUGCUUGAUCCCAAAACAGGGCAGCCAACAAAGAAGUCUCCUCGUUGUCUAACUGCUAAACAGAGUGCAAUGCUUGAGGUUAGUCUCCAAAAUCCAGUUUGUGUGGAGACAUUUUCUGAAAGUAGAGCUCUUGGAAGAGUGUUCCUUAGAUCAUCAGGAAGAACUGUUGCUAUGGGCAAAGUUACUCGGAUUAUCCAAGACUUAUAAAAAUUCUCUGUUGUUGUAAGAUUUUUACUUGUUCAUUACAAAUUGAGUCGUCCCAAGUUUUGUCUGCAAUGCAUUAUCAGAAAAUAUCCUAAAAUAGAUAUGCAACAUUUAAUCAAAUUUUACUGUGUAA